UGGACCUGGUCAUCUUGGAACAGUUCCUGUUUGUGCUACCAACAGAGAUGCAGGCCUGGAUGAAAGCCAAAGAGCCAGGCAGCAGUGAAGAGGCACUUCAAUUUGCUGAGGUCUACCUGCAGGAGCAAGAACCUGCCAAGCCAAGUCAGCUGCCAGUUACCUUUCAGGAUGUGACCAUAUCUUUCACUGAGAAAGAGUGGGCUCUUCUGGAAGCCAGUGAAAAGGCUCUUUACUGGGACACCAUGCAGGACAAUUAUGACAAUGUGGCCUCUCUGGGAUUUUUGAUACCAGAAACUGAUGCAAUGUUACCAGAAGAAAGGACAACGCAAGGGACUCUCGAGUUCCAGGUCUCAGAAAAAAGAACAAAAAGAGAAGUCAGCUUUUCAGAGCCCCCACGUCCUAAAUUUGAGAUGGCCCCAAAACUAGAAACGGAACCAAGGUCAUUGGUCUUUGAUCUCCAGGGCUCUGAAGAAAGAGAGAUCCCAAAUGACGCCUGCACAGUGGAGAAGAGACUGGUUAAAGAGGAUCCAAAAAAUAGCUCCCAGCACAAAGACCCUAAACUAGUGGAGAUGCAAAGUAUAUCCCAGGACUUGUCAGAAGGGAACUCCAAGAUGAUCAAGAUUCAUGAGCAAAACUUCCUACUGCAGCAAGAUGAGGCACACUUUGACACAGAGAAGUUUUUCAAGGAGGCACCACAGGUAGUGAAUGGUCUGUACCUCCAGGAGGCCCAUCACAUCUGCACUGAAUGUGGGAAAAGCUAUCACUCCUUUGCUGCUCUGACGAAGCAUCACAGGACCCACAAGGUGGGAAAACACUUCAGGUGCCCCUUCUGCGAAAAGAGCUUCAGUCGGAGCGCUCAUCUCAUCACUCAUCAGAGGAGCCACGCUGGCCUGAAACCAUUUCAGUGUACUGAUUGCGAGAAAAAUUUCGACAACAAGUCAACCCUUAUUAAACACCAGAGAACCCACACGGGGGAGAAACCCUAUGUGUGCCUGGACUGUGGCAGAGGCUUCACACAAAGCUCCAACCUUAUUAAGCAUCGAAGGAUUCAUACUGGGGUGAAGCCGUACAAGUGUCCCGAUUGCAACAGAAGCUUCACUCAGAGCUCGCAGCUCAUUGAUCAUCAGAGAAUCCACACAGGGGAGAGACCCUACAAAUGCCCUGACUGUGGGAAAGGUUUCAGCCUGUGCUCCAGUCUCAUCAUACAUCACCGAAUCCAUACUGGAGAGAAACCAUUCGAAUGUCCUGUCUGUGAAAAAAGUUUCAGCAGCCAAUCAGCUCUUAUAAAGCACAGACGAAUCCACACAGGAGGCAAACCUUAUGAAUGCACUGCCUGUGGGAAGACUUUCACUCAGAACUCCAGCCUUAUUGCACACCAGAGAAUCCAUACUGGGGACAAACCUCAUAAAUGUCCUCAGUGUGCCAAGUGCUUCACACAAAGCUCAAGUCUCCUCAUCCAUCAAAGGAUACACACAAGAGAGAGGCCGUAUCAGUGUUCCAGCUGUGAGAAAUGCUUCAGUAUAAAAUCACAUCUCCUUGGCCACCAGAAAAUCCAUGCAGAGAAGAAAAUACCUUUUGAGUGCUCCAACUGUGGCAGAGGUUUCAGUGCAAAUUCCUACCAUAAAUUGCAUCAGAGAUCUUGUUUAAGCAGAAACAGCAACCAACUUCACUCACCUCUGGAAACCAGUUUUGAUCAAUGAAGCUGCACGUGGGAGACUGACCAUUUAUUAGUUCCUGCCCAUCAAAUUUGAGCUAAUUAAAUCUAUUUAAGAACCCAGAGUGAAUUUCCCAGAGAUUCAAGAUCUGAACCCUUUACUCUCUUUCCAAAUCCUUCUCACGCAGGAAGCCACUCUGAAUGGCAACUGAACUGCUGUAUUGGACUAGCAGCCUUCCAGAUCACAGCUCAUGUUUGCAGAGGAUCUUAAUUGGUAGGCUGGACAAUAUGAGAUGAAGUGGUCCUCGGAGAGUUAUAUUACUUGUCCUUCUUACUUGGUGUCCAAGCCCUGGCAGUAUUCCAGCCUGAAUGAAGAAUAGUUUACUGUGCUCCAUUCCUUGCUCUGAUUUUCCCAGCCCCUAAAACUGUAAGCUAUCUGGACAGCUCUGAACAUCAGAGGUGGAUGAUGUAGUCAUCCAAUCUAGCCAUUGGAUUAGAUUCCAUAAAUUUUUGGAACAUAGGUAUUUAUUCUAAGUAACAGAAAACAGUAUCUAUUUAUACCUCACUUGACUGGCUCUUACUUUAAAUGUAAACAUAUUAAUUAUAUUGACUGUGAAUUCCACAAGUCAACUCUGAUCAGCUUCUGUGAUUGUAAAGCAGGGUGAGCACAAAACCUUCUCAGAGGCUCUGAUCUUACACUGACUGUAUGGUAGUCACUGCAGUGUAGCUCUUUCCAUGUAGACAACUAACACAAACAAGCCUGGGGCAGGUGGGAAGAGCGCAUACUGGAGCUUCUGCUCUUGGCCUGGGGAAAUUCCAGAGCAGUUCCUAUCUCCAGUCCUAACAGUGUUCAAGCAGGAAAUGUGCAUGUUUUUAUUUAGUACAGUAGACCAUCACCAUUAAAGGGGGAUCCGUUCCUGAGAUCACCAUGAAUGGCAAAACAUUGGAGGCAGGGUUCUUCAUCCCAAUCAGUAAAAAACAAUUUUCCUGCAAAAUUUCAUGAUGUAAUGAUUGCAAUGAUGAUGUCGUGGGAACAAAAACAGGCUGGAGACUGUCACAUGUUCAGAUUGUGGACUACAAAUAAGUGAAACCACCAGUCACAAAUCCUCAAAAGAGGGUUUACCAUAACUUUAUCCCACUCUUCCUCCUAGGAGCUCAGAGCAGCAUACAUGGUUCUCCCUUCUCCAUUAUAUACACACAACAACCCUGUAAGGUAGGUUGGGCCAGUCACACUCCGCCUAAAGAGACUCUCUAACCAGUGCGCCACCCUGGUUCUUGAUUUAUAGGGUCUUAGUCUGAGCCCUGUGAUGCCUGACAAAGGGUAGGCAGGCAGGCCCUUUGGUUCUCCUGCCAUUUUUAUCAAUAAAGCAUUGAAAGCUGAGAGUAAUUCUCCUGUCAGCAGAUUGUACAAUUAAACAGCUGAUCUGCAGACACAUAGGAAAUACACAGCUUGAUUGUAGGCCUAAAUGAUUACUGCACAAUAGUGUAAAUUAGGAACAGUUUCCAAUUGGAUUAAGAAUACUGAAUAGUUUGAAGAAGCUUUUGGAAGGGAGGUGGUCUGUGACUACCUUAUGUUGUUUUUGUGUAUGAUUGUUAGUGAUGAAUUGAUGCAUUUCUAUUGUACUUAAUUUCUA